AUGGAGGUAGUUUUCACGGCGAUUAUGGGUGAGAUUGCCAAUAAAUCGAUAUCUUUCUUGAUUGACAAGUGCUCAAAUAAUCUAGAUACGCCAACCGAGGAGGAUCGGAGGAUAAAGACUCUGCAAAGCCUGUUGCUAAGGGCGUGUGUCAUCGUCGAGGAGGCAGACGGGCGGAACAUCACAAACCAAGCGAUGGUACACCAACUCAACAUACUGAGGAAAGAAAUGUACAGAGGUUAUUUCGUCAUGGACAGCUUGAUCACAAGCCAAACCAGUGAGGAAGACAAGUCCAAAGAUCAUGAUGUGAGUAGUAACCCUUUUGCUAUAUCUAAAUUCAAUCCUGUGAAGCGUCUCUUUUUCCACACUCGUAGUACACAUGGGGAGAACGAACUGCAGCAAGUGCUCGGCAAUUUGAACAACAUCAUCACUGACAUGAGAGAGUUUAUAGAAUUCAUGAAGGAAUAUCCUCCAUUGUACAGGCAACCAUACAGUAUGCAUCUGUUUCUUGACAAGUGCAUGUUUGGUCGGCAAAUGGAAAUGGAGAGGAUCAUGAAUUUCUUAAUGACAGAAGGCCCUCCUAGUGCAAAGGAUGUGGAUGUUCUACCAAUUGUCGGUCCAGUCAAUGUUGGGAAGAGUACUCUUGUUGGACAUGUAUGCAAUGAUGAAAGAGUGCGCAAUAACUUUGCUCGAAUUGUGUUCAUUACUGAAGUUGAUAUUAAAGACAAUGGGCUAACCGAUUUAAAGGAUGGAGGCCUGAUCAUACACCAAAACAACUCGCCAAAUGGAAAUGAGAGAUUGCUAUCUAUCAUUGAAUUCCCUGACGAUGUUGAUGAGGCUGGGUGGAAGAUGUAUUUAGCCUUUGCCACAAGGCUUGCUGCUACGGUAAAAAUUAUAAUCACAAGCAGAUCAAGCAAAAUCAUAGGUUUUGGUACCACACAGGCUCUUAUACUCAAUUUUCUGCCGCCAGAGGCAUACUGGUAUUUCUUCAAGGUAAUUACAUUUGGGAGUGCAUAUCCAAAGGAUCAUCCAAAACUGGAAUCUAUUGCCAUGGAGAUAUGCAGAGGUAUCAAUGGAUCAUUUAAAGUUGCAAACAUUGUCUCUAGCUUACUAAGAGAUUCUCUUAAUGCUCGACAUUGGUUUGUGGUUCAUAAAUUUCUUAAGCUACUUAUGGAAAUGAAUAUCUGUUUGACUGCACAUGAGUCGAAGGAGGUACGAACUUAUUACUAUCUUAAAAGAAUGGUCAACAAUGACCACUUCAUAAUUUAUGAUUACCAUGAAAGUUUUGCUGACGACAUGGUCCCCAAGACAACAUUAUGUGAUGUGAUAUUUGGAAGUGUUAGAUGUGAAGGGAAAUUCAAGGUCCUUUCAUGGAAGUCACGCAUACCACCAUAUAAGAACUACAUCUAUACUUGUGACAUGAAGAAGAAGAAGAAGAAG